AUGCUAUGCCUCCUACGUAUUCACGAAGAGUACGUUCGCGAACGAGUUUGUUCUGAAUUAAUAACGGUGAAUGGCUUAAUUAAAGUGUCUGAUGCAUCCGGUAACUCAGUCAAAUGUCUUGAUGUACCAGAUGGGACAGGUAAUGAUCAUGUUGGUAUUCAAUUAUUUCGAUGUCAUGGUAAAGUGAAUCAACGAUUUACAUUACACAAUAAUGGCCAAAUAUCUGUUCUUGGUAAAUGUCUUGAUGUUCCAGACAGUUAUUCUGCUGAUCAUGUUCGUAUCCAAUUAUUUAAUUGUCGUAAUCAAGCAAAUCAACGUUUUACAAUUGAUAGUCAAAACCGUAUUCAUGUUUUUGGCAAAUGUUUGGAUGUUCCUGGCGCUAAUAUUGUUGAUCAUAAUAUGAUACAAUUAUUUCGAUGUCAUAAUGGAAACAGUCAAAAUCUUACAUUUGUACCAAUAGAUUAA